AUGAAUAUAAUAGUGUGGAACUGUAGGGGCGCUCUGAAGCCCAAUUUUCAGAGUUAUGUUAGGGAGCUGGUGAGGAAUCAUAAUCCUGGUAUAAUGGUGGUCAUGGAAACUCGUGUAAGGAGAGACAAAGCUAAGGAAAUAACUGAUCGUUUGCCUUUUGACGGUGCUAUUCACACGGAGACGAUGGGCUUUGCUGGUGGCAUUUGGCUUCUUUGGAACUCAGAUAGGGUGGAGGUUGUCCAGCUCGCUAACACGGAGCAGGAAAUUCACGUGGAAGUCAAGGUAUUACCUACAAACUUAUCUUGGAUUUUUACUGCUGUAUAUGCUAGUCCUAGAUGUGUAGAGAGACAAGUUUUGUGGGGAAAUCUUUCCAAGGUUGCUGAGCUACAUAAUCUGCCUUGGGUUAUAGCUGGGGACUUUAACGAACCCCUCAUUGAUGAGGAUAAAUUCGGGGGAAGGCCGGUUAGCAUGGCCAGGUCCCUUCUAUUUAAGGAGUGUCUUGAUAAAUGUAAUAUGGUGGAUAUGGGGUUCAAUGGGCCAAAAUAUACCUGGACUAAUAGAAGGGAGGUCAGUAGCCUUAUUCAAGAGAGAAUAGAUAGAUUUUUCAUGAAUCCUAGUUGGUGUUUGCUGUACCCAGAUGCUAAAAUUUCUCACCUUACGAGGUGCCAUUCGGAUCAUUGUCCUGUGUUAAUGGAAACUAAGCCUAGGGGGCAAAUGUUUCUUACUAGGCCUUUCAAAUUUCAGAGCUUUUGGCUCUCCGAUCCCUCUUUUCCCUCUGUGGUGAACCAGGCUUGGAGACAGCCACGGAAACUUAGGGAUGCAAUAGACACCUUUGCUCAUCAAGCUAGCCUGUGGAAUAAAAAUCAUUUCGGUAAUAUCUUUCAUAAGAAGAAAAGAAUCAUGGCUCGAUUAGAUGGGGUUCAAAGGGUUUUGGCUUCGGAACCUUCUGCAUCUCUUGUAAGCCUUGAGAAUCAUCUUAUCAAAGAGCUGGAUGUUGUUUUGGAGCAGGAAAAGGAUCUGUGGGCGCUUAAAUCUAGAAUAAACUGGAUGGUAUUGGGGGAUAGGAAUACUUCUUUCUACCAUGUAUCUGCGAUUACCCGGAGAAAGCGCAAUCUCAUUACCGCAAUUAAAAAUGAAGUGGGGGAUUGGUUAAUGAGGAGAGGGAAGUUGCUGCCCAUAUCAGGGAGGGUUUCAUGA